AUGCCUCCCAGCACAGAAAGCGACUCUGAUAUCCAGGCGCGACAUAAAUCAGACAGGAAACUCCCUCGUCAGCCGAAGCGCAUCAUCAUCUGCUGUGAUGGUACCUGGCAGUCGGCGGUCUCGGGAGAGAAAAACGUUCCCUCCAAUGUCACCCGCCUUUGUCGCGCCAUCAACCCUUUCGGAAGCGAUGCCCACGGAAAUCAAUGGCCGCAGAUUGUCUGGUACGAUUCUGGAGUUGGCACGACUUCCUUAACAAUGGGAACCGCUAUCGAGGGUGCCACGGGCCAAGGCUUGGAAGGCAAUGUCGUCGAGGCAUACAACUUCUGCGUUCUCAACUAUAAUCCCGGUGAUCAAAUCAUGGUUUUUGGUUUCUCACGUGGCGCAUUUACUGCUCGCACGAUUGCUGGUGUUAUCACCGACAUUGGACUCUGCCACCAGGAAGACCUCAACAAUUUCCCCGAGCUUUGGACGCACUACAAGGCCUUCAAAAACGACAAGAAAAACGCAGGGAAACGGUUUUUCCGCAGCGAGACUUGGUGCAAAUGGUUGUGGGGAGAGGCGAAAGUCAAAGACGGACACUUCUUCAUCGAAGAGAGCAGUCGUGGAGCGCCGGGCAAUGGUAAGACCUGGGCCACACAGGAUGAUGACUGGGCCCAAGAAGGUUCGAGGACAGUGGACGUGGUUGGUGUUUAUGACACCGUUGGUGCCAUUGGAAUGCCAGAGGUGGGUGGGCUCAAAAUUCCUCAAUGGAUGCUUUUCUGGAAGGAUAGCGCCGAGUGGCAUAAUGUGGGACUCUCAACGCAUGUGAAGCAUGCCUUUCAAGCCCUGGCUCUAGACGAAAGGCGCAAGGCAUUUGAGCCCACUCUGUUUUAUAUACCCUCCAAGCCGAAUGAUGAAGAAGAAAAGGACGAGUUGGAACGGCUGGUCCGUGACACCAAAAAAAUUUUUGAGACCGAACGCCAAAGCGCCGAGAAGCUGAAAGCACAGAAAAACUCAACUGAUGCCGACAAAAUUAAAAUCGCUGAAAGUUUCAAUAAAGCCGCCCUUGCUUGGAACAAUGCUCUCCGAAAUCUUGUCAACUACGAAGACAGUUUGAAAGAUCCGACUAAGUUGGCACAGGUUUGGUUUCCAGGCUACCACAUCCAUAUUGGAGGAGGCUCAUCUGAAACUUUGGAGGCGAAGGACAACAUGGAGGAGAUGUCCAAUAUCGCUUAUGCCUGGAUGUUAGAUCAAGUGAAAAAACACUUGUCUUUGAACGAGCAGCACAUUGAAGAUGAGUAUGUUGACCGCAAGAGGAAUUUUAAAAUCGAGAACAAAAAGUGCGAGGAUUGGAAUGACAAGAUCAGCAAAGAAUCAUGGGGAGCAACGGCCUGGCGCUAUUCAUCAAAGGCCGCCUCGACUAUUGUACAUCCUCUCACUGCUGGCCCAGAGCCUGGCUUCAAAGAAAAACGUUCCUAUGACUGGGGCACUGGUGAAAUGAAGGACAGCUUUACCAAAAUGUACUAUGCAAAUGGAGAGCAUCAUCGCACUCCAGGUCGAUACGACGUGUCGGAAAAGGGUCAGCUUCUUGAAACCUGCGAAUUUAUCCACCCGGUCGUCAAAUACAGAUUUGAACACCCAGUGGAUGAUAAGAAAGAGGAGGAGAGGCAAAAAUACCAAUGGUCAAAAGGCGGACCCAAGUUUGACCGCCAAUUUGUGCCUCAGAAUGGAGAUAUUAAGGCUCACUAUGUUUGGAAGCUGGAAUAUCCUUUGGACAAAAAGGUUGUCACCUUAAAAGAGUGGCCCAUUGGUGGACCGGGCUGCUAUGAGCGAAAAGCCAUUGUUAGCGAAAGAGCAAAAGAAUGGGUGAACAAGAUGGACAACGAGUUGAAUGGUGAUUUCAAGCGAGCUUGA